ACAUUGUAUAUACCUGGGAAUACAUAUGAAAUUUACAAAACCAUUAUACUUGUCAAUCUUAGCAGACGUAUGGAAUAGUAAACUUCAUUUUAUAGCCCCUGGAAUAAGAUCAUCCGGAAUAAAGUACAAUAUAACCGAUAUUUGUGAUUUAAAACUUAAAACUUGUGGAAGAGUCGAAUAUACCACAUAUUUGUUUAAUAAAAACAGGGAAACGAUGGCGAAUGCUUCUUGUCCAUUCUCACAAAAGUGUUCAUUUGGAGGUAAGGCUGUUCUCUUGGGAGAACCAGGAACAAAAUCGUUUGAGGUGGGAUUCGUUGAUUCUGAUGGGAAAAAAAUAUCUCCGUGGCAUGAUUUGCCGUUGGUACCGCAUGAAGGAUUCUUUACCAUGGUUGUAGAGAUCCCAAGGAAUACCAAGGCAAAGAUGGAAAUAUCAAGUGGUUCAGAAAAUAAUCCCAUAAAGCAAGAUUUACUUUCUAAUGGAGAGUUAAGGGAUUUAGAUUGUCCCCUUUACUGGAACUAUGGAGCUAUUCCUCAGACUUGGGAAGCGCCCGUACCUUAUGUACAUGAGUAUCCUGAUGGUAGUGCUUCCGGAAAAUUAGCUCGUUUGGAACUAGUUGGAGAUAACGAUCCAAUUGAUAUUAUCGAUAUUGGAAGGAAAACGGCCAAUGUUGGUGAUAUAAUUCCCAUGAAGCCUGUUGGAGGUCUGGCAUUAAUUGAUCAGGAUGAAAUCGAUUGGAAAAUAUUUGCAAUAUCACCUCAUGAUGAGCAUUUUAAUGAUAUUAAUGACCUAGAGGAUAUUGAUCUCUAUUAUCCUGGUACCACUACGGGAAUCUGCGAAUUUUUCCGCUGGUAUAAAACUCCAAAGGGGAAGCCUUUGAACAAGUUUUUGCCUAACAAGAUGUUUAUUACCAGAGAUGAAGCUAUUGAAGCUAUCAAUAAAACACAUACACACUAUAAGGAUUUACUUGAAGGAAAGCUUAAGAGUGAUUUGUGGCUUCCAAAACACUAGAUGUUAACGAAAGGCGCCCCCCAAAUGUUGGAGUCACAACUUGAUUUUCGGAGUGCGAUCAAGAUCGAGGGAGUUUUUGCGAUUAUAUCGUAUGUAUCGUUUUUAUACAGCCGAAUAGUGCAAGAUUUGAGCUUUGGAUCAUUUCGUUCUAAUGGCAGAUACUUCAUCGCCUGAGAUUUUAAAUAAAGUACUUGGCGACUUACAGCUUCACUCAUAACCCAUGUAGUUGCAGCG